CAAGACCUCCCCGCAGUUGGCUUCGACGAAGCGGAGUGGCUUCUUGGUGUACACGUCGUAUCGAGUUAGCGUCCGCGAAAAAUGACUCUUCCGGAUGCUCUCCGCGACGUUGUAGGGGUUGCGUAGCUUCGCGAGAACGCGCCCUCAGAAGGGAACUGGGCCCGUGUAGCACCGUCGAUCUCCUAUGGGCACGCUUCACUGCCUUUGGGCAAACGCGUGCGCGGGAGCUUCCGUCGCCACCGUUUCCUGAGAUAUGGACGCACAGUCGGGAUCGUUGUGGGGCAACGGCGUAACGGUCACGUUCAUGUCGCAUCCGUCCAUAUGGCUCGCCGCGCGCCUCCCGUCGGCCGUCUUGUGCGCCCUGGCCACGUUCGUGCUGACGUUCCUCGCCAUUCGACAGAGCGACGAGUUCAUCAAGCAGCAGGACCAGGAGGACGUUUUCAGGUGGUUCCACAACGUUGGCUUCGGAGAGCACAAGCAGUUUAUGUAUGACCGAGGUUGUGACUCCCUCGCCUCCUGCUGCGACUUACUGCUCUCUCCUCUUCCUAACUUCUCCACCAUCACAUCCUCCCCCGGAGUGUCCCCUCUCCCGUCCUCCUCCUCCUCCGACGGCGUCGGCGAACUGUACGAAGCGCUGCGGCCCCACGCCCGGCGCCUGCGGUCGAGGCUAGUGCUGGAGCGCUGGCUGCGCGACCACCGCCUGCCGCCGCCGUCCGUCGCGGCCCGCUCUGCAGCUGCGAGCGGCGACCGGUCCGCCGCUCGUCCGGCUGUCGUCGAUCCCGAGGUCUGCGACGCGACCGGCGGCCAGCGGUCCGCCGAUUCGCAGCCGUCCUUCUUCUCCGGCUGGCCCAACCUGGGAUACGGGUGA